UUUUUGUCAAGAAAUGGAAACUUUUAUUUGCACAGUUCACACGCAUCAUGGGUAAAAACACUCAGAGUCCAUCUAUUACACCCCGGACGGUCAGCGGAUCAUUCCGCUUGAGUGAAGGCGAUGGCCUUGGAUGCAGACAGCGGCAGAGGUUCAUCAAGAGGCGCGCAUGAAAAACACCCCGGGGCAGAGCUGGAGCGGAGCGGCUACGUGAGGACAUGUGUCACCCCGCUGCACCGGGACCCACGGAGCCAGUCGUGGCUCAGAGUCGCUGUGACAUGGACGUGCCAGAGAGUGCCGUCUGCAGUCUGCCUUGCCUCCAUCUCAGUUAUUCUCGCUCAUCUGCUCAGAUUGGUCGACUGGGAUGCAGGCAGCAGCAGCAGCAGCGGAAAUAGCUCCGGCGCUCGUGUUCAGUCAGCGGCGGGCUGCGCUGCGGAGCUGCUUUUCUCUGCGUGUCUCUGCGUCUCGCCUCUUUUGACUCUCGUAUGUGCCUUCUUCUGGCUCUGGCUCAGUCUGAUUCGCUGCGGGCUGCUCGUCGGCGGCGCCGUGUUCUUGCUAGCGGCGUGCCACUUAGGCGAAGCCGCGGCACGGUCCCUCCCGCGCGGCGCCGAGGAGGAGCAGCAGCUGCUGUCCUCCACCGCAACCCUGGUCGUCCUCGGCUGCCUGGGCUGCGGGGCUCUGCGGGUCGCUCGGCUCGGACAGGGAGUUUCCGUGCUCGUCCUCAUUAGCGCCGUCCGGACCGCCUCCGUCGUCUCUCUGAGCGGGGUCCGGGCCGGUUGGAGACCCCACCUGGCCUACCUGCUGGGGCUGCUGGGGGUUUUGCUUGCGCGGUAUGCGGACCGGCUCCUGCCGGCCUCAGGGACCAGCGGGACGGGGUGCUGUGGCUCUGUGACCGGGGCGAAGGAGGAGGACAUCCCUGUCUUCAAGAGGAGACGGAGGUCCAGCUCCAUAGCGGCCUCGGAGAUGAUGGCUCACAGUCAGAGCAACAGCAAGUCCCACCGCAGGACUUCGCUGCCCUGCAUUCCGCGGGACCAGUCUUCUGGGACCAGUGUGGUGGUGGACAUUGCGGUGAUGGGAGAGGCCCACGGUUUGAUCUCAGACCUGCUGGCAGACCCCUCACUGCCUCCUAACACCUGUAGCUCUUUGAAGGCGGUCAGCAACCUCCUCAGCACCCAGAUCAGCCUCCAGCCUCUUCACCGGCCCCGCAUCCCAGCAGACACGCGGCCCUGCUCUGACUCUGAGGACGGACCUGAAAAGGCAGAAAGACUGGCCCUUCCAAAGCGUCUCAGGAGGAGUCUGCCCCCAGGGCUGCUGAGGAGAAUUUCAUCAACGUGGACAACAACCACCUCAGCUACAGGGCUGCCCACCAUCGAGCCAGGCCCAGUAUGCAGGGAUCGCUCAGCCAGCGUCAAACACACUCCAGACAGCAGUGACUCGUGGAACCACUCACUGAUGAUGACCAUCUCAAAGAGCCGCUCCAUGUCUGCUUCCUGUGCUGCCUCCGUGACUUCCAACCACCUUUACAGCAAACCACUGGGAAGAUCAGGUCUUCCUCCCUCCAACAUAUCACCUCUGGGCUCUCCGUGCCCAUCACCUCCCCUCCAGGGAACCCCCGUCCCCAGCCCCACGAUAAAGACGUGUACAGUGCAACUUCCUGAGCCGGCUGGGCCUCAGCCUGAGCGGACACCUGUUUCUGUGGCCCCCAAAAGUCAUCACAGAGCCUUAACUCACAGCCAGAGCGCCCCGAGCUCCACCACCAUCCACUGGCGGCCUCCGUCCCUCUGCGGCAGCUGUGGCAGGCCUCUCAACAGUCAGCUCAACCACGGGGGAGAAACUGGUGGCAAAGGACACAGGAUGGUCCCUCCAGAUGAGCGCGCAGUAGCUUUAUCAGACUAUGACAGCACCUACGACAGCACCUAUGAGACCAACCACAGUGACAGCAGUGACUUUGCACAGAACGAGGAAGAUGGAGAAGGAGGCAAGAAGCCCUCAGUAGGGAGUUGCAGGGAGUGUCCAGCAGAGGACAUCGUUCUUCACCCACUUCUUCCAUCACCAGAGGACACAGUCAUUUCUGUAUCCAAGACUCUGAUGACACCAGAGCUGGAGCCUCUAAUGAGUCAGCUCAACAACUGGAACUUCCCCAUUUUUAGUCUGGUGGAGAAAACUCAUGGAAAGACUGGCUGCAUCCUCAGUCAGGUUUCUUAUAAACUCUUUGAAGAUUCUGGUCUUUUUGAAACCUUUAAGAUCCCCAUUAAAGAGUUUAUGAACUACUUCAAUGCUUUGGAGAAUGGAUACAGGGACAUACCUUAUCACAACCGGAUCCAUGCGACUGACGUGCUUCAUGCUGUCUGGUACCUCACCACGCAGCCUGUACCAGGCCUCCCCACCCUGCGAACUGAGAAUGGAAUUCACACGGACUCAGCAAACGGCAUUACGCCUCGAGCCACAAGCUUUCUGGCAUCAAGGAUGAACUGUGAACUGGAGGAGGACUACGGUUCCCUGGCGGGGCUCAUCCCCGGCCUGGAGCUCAUGGCUCUGUAUGUAGCUGCAGCAAUGCAUGACUAUGACCACCCGGGAAGAACCAACGCUUUUUUGGUAGCCACCAGUGCACCACAGGCUCUUCUGUACAAUGACAGAUCGGUCUUGGAAAACCAUCAUGCAGCUUCAGCCUGGAACCUCUUCAUGUCUCAACCUGAGUACAACUUCCUGGUUAACCUUGAACAUGUGGAAUUCAAACGCUUUCGCUUCCUCGUCAUUGAAGCCAUCCUGGCCACUGACCUCAAAAAACAUUUCGACUUCCUCACAGAGUUUAACGCAAAGGUGGGGGAUGAAGGAGUGUCUGGUAUUGAUUGGACCAACGAGAACGAUCGAUUGUUGGUGUGCCAGAUGUGCAUCAAGCUAGCAGAUGUCAAUGGUCCGCUGAAGUGUAAGGAGCUGCACCUGCAGUGGACAGAGGGGAUCAUCAAUGAGUUCUAUGAGCAGGGAGAUGAAGAAGCCAGCCUGGGUCUUCCCAUCAGUCCCUUCAUGGACCGAUCCGCCCCACAGCUUGCCCAGCUGCAGGAGUCUUUCAUCACACACAUAGUGGGACCUCUUUGCCACUCUUAUGACAACGCCGCGCUCAUGCCGGGACGAUGGGUGGACCUGGCCGAAGGAGGUUUGGAGAUGGAUGUGGGGAAGGAAGGACAAGACACGGAGGAGGAGGAGGACACGGCAGACGAGGAAGCGUCAACGGGUUCAGACACUUCCCAGCAACAAGAAGCUAAAAACACGUUCAAAAGGAAAGUGUUCUGUCAGAUCACUCAGCAUCUCUUGGAGAACCAUGAAAUGUGGAAACGUUUGAUCGCUGCAGAAGCUCCAGAGGAAACCGCGGCUGAGGCGCCCGUUUGCAUCAGCAGUCCAACUGACCCCAUCACGGCAAUAUGCGAGGAAGAGGAGGAACAAGUGAGCAAGGAAGAGGAGUCCGCUGCUGAAGGGGAUGAAAGGGAAGAGGUGCCGACUAUAGAGGAGGAAGAGGAGGAGGAGGAGGAGGAAGUCCUUCCACAAUAAGAGCCUUCAGGAGAAUCAGAGGAAGAACCAAAAUGAGAUUAUGAACUUCAAGUUACUCUUACGCCAGGAAUCUGAAAAAAAAAAAAAAAAAAAAAACAGUUUUCUUUCCUAACUAAACUCUUGAUAUAGUAGCCAGCACAUCACUUUGACACAACACUGUAGAAGAUGUUUUGGGUAAAACGUGCCUAACAAACACAGGGUUGAAGACUGGGACAACACACAACCAGCUAACAAGAGCAAAGAAGAGGGGAAAGUUGGUUAAAAAAUCCUGAAUAUGGACACUUUUGAUUCUUGUUUUAGGAUGGAUCUGGUGCACUGCCCUCACCCAGAUCUUGCACUUUGGGCCAAACAUGUUGAUUUACAGAUUAGCUGCACCAGUGAGAACCAUUCUGUCACCCUCAACCUCACUUUGUUUAAUCGCUAUCCAUUCUUAGGGAAGCUGCAAUUCUGACCAUGGAUGUGCAACACGCUUCCUCUUGAGGACGAUGGAUGACAACCAGGGGAAAAAAAAAAAGAGUCCGCGUGGGCUCAGCCAUGUAGCUUUUAAAGGGAUAUUGUUGAAAG